UAACUGUGUUAACCUUCGAACAGGGUUCAGAGACGACUACCUGUAUCCUCACGCUCACACGCUGUACUUCCUGGAAGCAACAGAUCCUCAAUGGAAGCUCAAGCCGGAGCAGUUCAGAGCCAAGAUGCUCAUGUUCGCCUUUGGGAACGCUUUGGCGCGGGCGCACAAACUUUACGGGACCGAGCCUCUGCAGCGCCCCAUAACCGUGCAGUCGGUGGGCACUAACGGGAGGGUCUUUGAGUUCCUGGUUUUCCAGCUCAACACCACCGACCUCGUUCAAGACGACGGCAUCAAGAACCAGGUCAGCUGGUCGCCCAUUUAUUCUCGAUCAUUUGCUAAAAAAAUUGUAGCUAUGAAAAGGAAUUUGUAAAUUUCUGAAUCAUUG